UGAAGGUUAGAAUUAUACCCCCAGUUGACAUUAAUCAAUUGAAGCUAUAUCAACCAAGGCAAAACUGAAAAGUUGAUUUAUUGGGUGAUAUGAGAAAAGCGGGAGUGUGCUCUUGGUGAUGCUCAGUCGAGCAGGAGUAGAGUGGUAGCGACCACUAACACCUCCCAGCAGCAGCAGCAGCGGCAGCAGCAGCAGCACUUGUCUGCUAGGACAGCGCUUCAUAACGCCCACCUGAGCCGUGUUUACCCACAACAAACAUGGUUUAUAGGUGCGAGGAAGUACUUCUCUCCUACAACAAGUUCAACGAGACCAAGGACCAGUGGGAGUGCAUCGCAGGCCACACACACAAGGGCAUCAGCUUUCUGGAGCAGUACGGUCACUUCGUCAAGGAAAGAUGUCAGAUCGAACUUGACUACGCCCGGGGUCUCAGAAGAUUGGUGAAGACAUACCUGCCAAAGAAGAAAGAGUGUGAGGAGCAACAGUUCACCAGUGUAAAAGCAUUUCGGGAUGCAGUGAGUGAAACGGGCGACUUGGCAGGUCAACACGAAGUCAUCUCGGAAACACUCUCUGCCGUUGUUCUAGCAGAAAUUACCACGCUCAUCAAAGAGUUUAAAGAAGAUAGAAAAAAGCACUUAACGGAUGGUAGUCGUGUACAACAGCAGUUGAGUCAGUCGUUGCAGCAGUUAGAGAAAGCUAAGAAAAAUUAUGAAAAAGCAUUCAGAGAAGCAGAAAAGGCACAAGAUAACUACCUAAAGGCAGAUGCCGACUUACACCUGUCUCGCGCUGAAGUAGAAAAACAGCGAAUGAAUGCCAGCAUCAAAAGUCAACAGUGUGAAGACAGCAAGAAUGAAUAUGCCAACCAAUUACAAAAAACAAAUCAGCUACAAGGUGAUCAUUAUAACUCAGUCAUGCCCAGCAUCUUUCAAGGUCUUCAAGAUUUAGAUGAGAAGAGAAUUAAUAACUUUAAGAAUCUACUAAAAAAAAGUGUGGAAAUUGAACGUUCGGUCUUUCCAAUCAUAAACAAAUGCUUAGAUGGAAUUGUUUCUGCAGCAGACUCAAUAGAUGAAAAAAAUGACUCUCAACUUGUAAUAGAACGGUACAAAUCAGGCUUUACUCCUCCUGGUGAUAUUCCCUUCGAUGACCUUAGUACACCGAGACAAAAUGGUGAUACAACUCCAACCGUCCACCCACCACUACGACAGGACACAAUUAAAGGCACAAUAUCAGCAUCGAAGUUAAAAAAACGUGGUGGCAUUUUUGGUAUUUUUGCCUCUAAUAAGAACAAUUUUUCAUUCUCCGAAAAGGAGGACUUCAGUGAUCUACCUCCCAAUCAACGAAAGAAACGAAUCCAACAGCGAAUUGAUGAUGUCACAACCAAACUUCACCAAGAAACGGCAGCCAGGGAUGGGCUCUUAAAGAUGAAAGAAGUGUACGAGGGAAAUCCAUCACUUGGUGACCCAAUGAGUAUAAUGGGCCAGCUCAAUGAUUCUUGUCAAAGGAUUGAGAAGUUACGUGCAGAUCUCCAACGGUAUCAGGCCAUGUUGGAAGAUGCAGAUGGUGAUAUUCAAGCUGGGAUAGCAUCAGGAGGCCCAUCUACUCCCAAUGCCUCACUGGCACGGCAUCAUAGCAGUGUCCUGUCGCCACAUCACAAUGGAGGAGCUUCUCCUAGAUCCUCUGUCACAUCCCAUCGCACAUCCCUCAGCGACGAAUCCCUUUCCCGGUCAGCCUCUGACUCCUCCGUCUGCACCAAUCCUCCCUCCUCCAAUACUACCACAACUACCACAACUACCACCUCCCUUCAUCGUGUAGCCAUCUCUGCUCUGGCCACCGCCACCACAACAACCACAACAGGGGAGGGCAACAAAGCAACCCCUUCUGACCCGCUGCCCUCUCAGGGCUCGUCUCAUAGUCCGGAGAGUGGCAUUGGCCUCAGCCACAACUCCCUGCCUGGCUCCGACACCUAUGAUCAGCCAGACGGCGGUGAUGAUGACAAUGCAGAGUUUUAUGAUGCCGAACCUCUUCCCAUUAUUGGAACAUGUCGAGCACUGUACAGUUUUGAAGGCACUAGUGAAGGCAGCAUGAACAUGACUGAAGGUGAGGAAUUAAGCGUAAUAGAGUUAGAUCAAGGGGAUGGAUGGACGAGAGUCAGGCGAACUUCUGUCUUUGAAGAAGGAUUUGUACCUACUUCAUAUAUUGAAAUGACCCUAUAUAAUAACUGUUAAACAUUCCUAUUUAAUAGACAUAAUGUGCUUUAUGGAUUACAAUGUCUUGUGCCCAUGAAAGGGUACUAAAUAAAAACAAUUAGUGAUGUUGGAAAUAGAUAUAUACCAUAUUUGAUAGUGACAAGCUUGGUGUGGAAGUGUUUAAUCUUGUUUUAAUACAGUACAUCACAAAGUAUGUUAAUUCUAGUAAUGCCUUUUUUGCAUUACUAUUUGAAACAUUAUAUUUUUUCAUGAUCUGCUCUAAAAUUGACAUCGGUCUGCAAGUGCUCAACAUUUUACUCAAGAUCCCUCCAUCUCUUUUUGAGGAUGAAAUCAAUUGUAGUAGGAUUUAAUAGUUUUUAACUUUUUUUGUCGUUGAAUGUACACCUUUUAUUUAAAGAUAUAUGCAGGGAUACUGCAUUUUAUUAUAUUUCUCUUGAAAAUACUUCCUUUAUAAGUUUGAAAUCUUGUUACAAAAGUUAUUCUGGAUUUGUUAUUUAAAUCAAAAGUACAUUUCAUAAAAAUGUGUUAAAACAAAAUACUAAUUUUUAUGGGGUCAGUAAUGCUUAUUUUCCAUUUUUGUGUAGAAAAAAUGAAAAUGGAAUAGACAUAUAUUAAUUAUUUUGUGUGACUAGUUGCAGAUACAUGAGUUUGAUAAAAGUACUAGUGUCAAAGCUAUAAUUAGAUUAACAUAACCAGUAUGAGACAUAAAUCAUCAGUGUAACAAUUUAUACGCUUAACGGUAAUUAAGAACAUUGUUGUAAUAUUUGGCAUCAUGUCAUUAUGGUUUGUGUUGCAUUACUGAAUCAUACAUUGUACUCCUAUAUUCACCUAGCAUGCACACUGUAACGCAUGUUAGACAUAGUGAAUAUUCAUAAGUUGUAACUUUUCCAUGAAAACUUGUUAUUCAGAUAAGUCUUCUGUAGAAUCAUACAUCAGACUAAUGAUACGGAAUUGAAAGUUCCAAUUAAUUUUUAUGGGGUAAUGAUCAAAAACACUUCCUGUAAAAGGAAGUCCCAAAUAUUUUAUAUAUGGUACAUCUUUUAUUCCAAGUUAAAGCGUAAAUUUCCUUUUAUGUACAAUAUCACAUAGAUUUGUACAGUACUGUGAUUGUUGUGUUGGUGUAAAUGAUGAAUGUGUGUGUGUGUGUGUGUGUAUAUUGAAAGACAUGAACUAGUUUUAUUGCCCACAUAUUUGGUUUUCUGCGUUAAGUCAUUUUAUAAUCAUGCAUUUUAUGACUGGCUGUGCAUUUCUGAACCAGUUGGAAGCAUAUUGUAUGAACACAUUUCACAAACACUUCUUAUCUCAUAUAGAGAAGUAUUUUUGGCCUGAUGUUUCAUCAUUUGGCUAUGUAUAAUGUCUGACCAAAUGUCUCAAAGAUUUUAUCGUGAUUUUAUUACAAGUAGAUAUAUAUAUAGUGUUUGUAUCACAUUGCCUGAGCUCAGUUCAGGCACCUGCUAGCCUCUGUUUAGCAGUGCUGGAAUAAUUUUGCACUUCUGUGAAGUGUAAUAUAUAUAUUAGAAGGGUAAUAUUUUGUAUCUAGUUUUGGAGUUGCUGACACUAUUCCUCAAGUAUUGUCUAGAAUAGUAGUUUCUCACUUUAACAAUACCACCAUCUGUACUUCAUUCUCAAUUUAGUUCACUAUUGCCUGACAUUGCCCCAAAUACUAGAUGAAUAGUGAUUGCAAAUACUUGCCAUUGGCUUUAAUGCUAGAUAAAUCAUGAAUAAUGUUGUUUGGCAGAGUCCAAAUCUAGUUAUACUGUGUUCACUAAGUCACUACUACUACACUUUUUCACAAUUUUUCCUUCUCUAGUUAUAUCAUAUUUUAAAAGCUAUGUGCACUGGUCAAGCAUAUCCAAGUCUGGUGAUAGCUAUAUAAUGACUUUAUUUUGGGAGACUGGGACAAGAAUGAUAGGAAGUUGAUUGUUGAGAAUUGUUUAUUAAAAAAAAAAUUCUUAUGUUUGGUGUAGAGAAACUACAGGGGUGAGCUAAAAUAAUUUUUAAAUUUGAUAUUGUAUUUCACAUAACUUUUUCAGAAAUAUAGUUCUUGUAUCAUCUUAUGUAAAAACUCCAAACCUAUACUCUAUCAUAUUGCAUGGUUUAUGCCAAUGAAGUACUAACAGCUCAAUAAUAGUGUGUUCAGUUUUGAAGUCUUGCUGCAUUAACUCUGGACUCGUCACGAUGAUAAAUUUUUUGGUUAAUGAUGUUGAAGAUGAGUCUUCUGACUUCCCAGUAUAUGCCUUCAUUUGGGACUAUAUUCCUGUUAACACUCCUUCUGAGAUGCACCCCCACACCAUCCCAACCCACAAAAGAAAUGGCAUAUGCAGUAGGACAUGGCAUCUUUCCAUUAAAAAAAUGUAUAAUUAAAUAAAAAAACACUAUG